AUGGGUUUUGAUUCAGUUCCUUCAGGAAUUGCCGCUUCAAUAUUUUUGGCGUUAUACACAAUAUACUUUGCAUUUACACUUGCUAUAGUAAUUAAAAAGGGUAUUAAAAGUGUCUAUUCGAUGCUCUUACUUUUUGGAGUUUUCAGAGUGGUUGGACAAAUGAGUGCGGUUAUUUUCGCCAAGCUUGGGGCUAAACAUUGGCAAUGGCUCAUUGUGUACUUGGUUUUCAGCGCGGAAGGCUACUUUGUUUUGGUGCUUACAACGUUUAGGUUUCUCACUAUUGCCCAGAAAAGACGGCAUGGAACUUCGUGGAUUCGGCCCACCGAUGAAGAAAUGGCCAAAAGAAGGGCUGGAGUCACUUCGCUUUGGGGUCGGUACAAGACUUGCAGUCUUUCAAAGAACUUUCAUUCCGUUUUGAUCCCAGCAAAUGCGUUUCUCGUUGCUGGUGGUUCCAUGUUGGCAGGUAUUGACGUUAACCAAAUCGAUAAAGAGCACAACAAGAUCUCAGCAUCCAAGGGUCUUCGUACCGCAGGACAGGCGAUUUUCUUGGCGGAAACUUUUGUCACCGUAUGGUUACUUUUGUACUGCAUGAUUAAGGAAGACGUCAGAGACCAUACCACAUACUUGAUUGCAUUGGCUUCACCAUUUCUCAUUGUCAGAGGUGUAGCUGGAGUAUUGGCCAUCUACAUCAAGCAAAUGAACUACUACGACAUGAGAAACUACACUUCUGAAGGACUAUCACCGAAAUUUGUCGUUUACGAAUAUACCUUGACUGCGACAAUGGAAUUUGUUGCUGCCGCCAUUUUGAUUUCAAAUUACUACAUUGAAAGCUACCGCAUAAAGAGAGGUGCCGUGUACGACCGCGAGGAACAACAGGACCUCAAAGCAAAGAACUCGGCUGAUGAUACUGUUUCGUCGGAGUCAAAGUAG